UUCAAAGUGCCACUAAUCGCUCACGCGGUAGUUUGAAUUCACACGGAAGCGCUGCACACUUUUACUUUCGUUUUUUUAGAUUUGUCUUGCUUUUCGUUUAAUUGAGCUUAUUUUAUGUCAUAAAUGAUGAAAAUGAAUGUUUUGAGUAUGUUAUGUCUUUCGGUCGUGCUUACUGGUGUUCACAGUGUUGGUGCAGAUGUUGUGCCAGUGAAUGUGACGGAGGGAGAUUCAGUCACUCUACACACUCGUGUUAAAGCAGACCGAGACGUAGAUAUACAAUGGUAUUUUAAUGACACUCUAAUCGCACUAAUGACUGGAGAUCUCAGUAAGAUCUGUACAGAUGUUCAGUGUAAUGAAGGUACUGAGAGAUUCAGAGACAGACUGAAGCUGGAUCAUCAGACUGGAUCUCUGAUCAUCACAAACACCAGCACCACAGACUCUGGACGUUAUCAUCUAGAGAUCUUCAGAACUGGCAGUGGGUCUGAAAAGACCUUCAUUGUUACUGUUCAUUUUGGUUCUGUUUCUGAUCGAGAUCAAAUGAAGAGAACGUCAGAGAAGGAGGAAGAAUCUGGUUUGUCUUCAGCUGAUAAAGCAGGGAUUGGUGUUGGUGUUGUUCUGCUGAUUGUGGCUGCUGUUGGUGUGAUUUACUAUCGCAAGUGUCCUCAAGCAAGACAAUGUAGAACCAGGACUCAGCGCAGUGAUCAGGAGAACAGGGCACACAUCAUUUAAUCGUGCUGACAAUGGAUCGGAGCCUGAGUUCAUGAGCCGUCCUGUAAUAGAGACAUGAAUACCAGUGCGACACCAGGUUGAUGUUGAGUUAAGAUGACAAGUUCAGAGGUUAAAGUUUGUGACUUUGUCACACAGGACGCAUGUCACUGCUCAAUAUAUUAUAAUGAUUUUAUCUAUAUUUGUGUAUAUUUAUGUAUAUUUGUUUUAAUAUGUUGUCUUCAGCCAUUUUAUUAUUCUUAACCAGUUUAAUUUGUGUAUGUCUUUAAAUGAGUCUGGGUCAUGUGACUGUUCACAUGACAGAAAAUAGGAAAUGGAGAGCAUGAAGAGGAAGCAUGUCAAACAAGCAUUGGACAUUGCUCUCCUUACGACUAAGUGGUGAUCACCUCCAAACUGGAAUAAUGGAGUUAUCUUUUUGGACUUACCUUUCCAGCACUUUUGAUUAACACCACAGUGGUCUUUUGUGUUUACACCGGUGGACACUUUUGGGACAAUCAGAUUUCUUAAGGACUGUUUUAAUAGAAUGGAACUGAAAGACGCUUUUAACAUCUGAGUUAUUCUAGUUUUAUUGUUGUGUUUUAAAUCUCUUUAAAAAUAAUAUUGAUUUUAAAAAUUUAUUUUAUUUCCAUUAAUACAAGUGGUUUUUACUGUACUAACCCUGGUGUUAUCAGUCAGUAAUAUUUUAAAUAUUUAAAUAUUGAAAUGUUUAUUAAAAAAUUUGUUAAUAUUU